AUGAAGUUCCCCAGCAGGGCAGUCAAGCCGCCCUCUCCCUCUGACUUUUUGGACAAACUGAUGGGACGCACAUCUGGCUAUGAUGCUCGCAUCAGACCAAAUUUCAAAGUGAAGUGGCACAAAUCCUUCACAGAUGGAAAACCACCAUCAGUGGUAUUUAAGGAAGCAGUGUUACUAAGAUGUGUCCUCCUGUCAGGUUCUCCUGUCAACGUGACCUGUAACAUCUUCAUCAACAGCUUUGGAUCCAUCACUGAAACAACUAUGGACUAUCGGCUCAAUGUAUUUCUAAGGCAGCAGUGGAAUGACCCUCGACUAGCAUAUAAGGAGUACCCUGAUGACUCUCUGGACUUGGACCCCUCAAUGUUGGACUCCAUUUGGAAACCUGACUUAUUCUUUGCAAAUGAAAAGGGAGCAAACUUUCACGAGGUUACAACAGACAACAAACUGCUGCGGAUCUUCCAGAAUGGAAAUGUCCUCUACAGCAUCAGACUGACACUCACGCUUUCCUGUCCCAUGGAUUUGAAAAACUUCCCCAUGGACAGCCAGACGUGCACCAUGCAGCUUGAAAGCUUUGGUUACACCAUGAAUGACCUGAUUUUUGAAUGGCUGGAUGUGGGAGCAGUGCAGGUUGCUGAUGAUCUAAUGCUCCCUCAGUUUGUGCUAAAAGAGGAGAAAGGUCUUGGUUACUGCACCAAGCACUACAACACAGGUAAAUUCACCUGCAUUGAGGUCAAAUUCUACCUAGAGCGCCAAAUGGGCUACUACCUGAUCCAGAUGUACAUACCGAGCCUGCUGACUGUCAUCCUGUCUUGGGUGUCAUUCUGGAUCAACAUGGAUGCAGCUCCCGCAAGGGUGGGACUGGGAAUCACUACUGUGCUCACCAUGACAACACAGAGCUCUGGCUCCAGGGCCUCCCUGCCAAAGGUAUCCUAUGUCAAAGCCAUAGACAUCUGGAUGGCGGUGUGUCUUCUGUUUGUGUUUGCUGCACUACUGGAGUAUGCAGCCGUCAACUUUGUUUCACGCCAGCACAAGGAGUUUUUCAGAAUGAAAAAGAAACUCAAAGAGCAGCAGCAGAGAACUGUAAGUUCAGUGCAGUCUGGGACCGGUGACAGUAAGGUGAAAGGAAACAACAUGUCAGGGAACAAUGCUCCCCAUGGGAAUGCAUCCCAGCAGUGCAGUGCCUGUGCCAGGGAGGAGGAGCUGGCACAGCAGGGUUUUCUGCUCCAGAGUAUUGGACUUGCACUGUCCUCUCAGGAAAUGGAUGCAACACCCGUUUUUGCUGAUCUACCUCCUGGUUUGGGUUUCUAUGAGAUACGGAGGCGUUUUGUGGAUCGGGCCAAAAAGAUUGAUACCAUCUCCCGGGCUGUUUUUCCCAUGAGCUUCCUCAUGUUUAAUGUCCUUUACUGGGUUACCUAUAAAGUUCUACGACAUGAAGACGUCCAAGGAAUACUGUGACAGACUGAGGACCAUGAACACGUUGGCUACUUCCUUCACUGAGUCCUCAGUUGAGUCAUGCAAGAUGUAUUUUGACUGCAUGUUCAGUGCAACUGAGCAAUUCUGUGACCUGGAAGAGUCCAGAGGUUUCUUUACAUUUUGAAUAACA